CAUACAUAUACGUACAUACGUGAAGGUAUCGCCGAUAAAACGGCGCGGCGUGCAUCAUCAAUAUGGCGGCGAAUCUCGAGGAGGAGCAGAGUUUACGCGAGUGCGAGGAAUACGUUCAGCGACACAACAUCCAACAAGUCCUGAAAGACUGUAUAGUGCAACUGUGCGUAGGCCGGCCCGAGAACCCGAUCUCCUUCCUGCGGGAAUACUUCCAGAAGCUGGAAAGGGAACAAGCUCACGAUGCCAAGCAACAGAUCGCAACGAGUCCGGAGGACACGGAGGACAUGCCCGCGGGGCAACAGGGUCCGCAGGUGCCGCGACGACGGGGUGGAAUCUCGGCGGAGCCGGUCGAGGAAGACGCCACCAGUUACGUCAAGAAGGUCGUACCUAAGGACUACAAGACUAUGGCUGCCCUGAGUAAGGCAAUCGCCAAGAACGUUCUGUUCGCACAUCUGGACGAGAACGAGCGUUCCGAUAUAUUCGACGCGAUGUUCCCCGUGACCUUUCUACCCGGCGAGGCGAUCAUUCGUCAAGGCGACGAAGGCGAUAACUUCUACGUGAUCGAUCAAGGGGAGGUCGAGAUAUUCGUCAACGGCGAACUGGCGACGACGAUCGGCGAGGGUGGUAGCUUCGGCGAGCUCGCGUUAAUCUAUGGAACUCCACGUGCGGCCACCGUCAGAGCGAAGACCGACGUGAAGCUUUGGGGCAUCGACAGAGACUCUUACCGCAGAAUUCUCAUGGGUUCCACUAUAAGGAAACGGAAAAUGUACGAGGAGUUCCUCUCCAGGGUCUCGAUUUUAGAGUCCUUGGAUAAGUGGGAAAGACUCACGGUGGCCGACGCUCUGGAGCCGGUAGCAUUCGAUGACGGCGAAACGAUAGUUCGACAAGGUGAACCGGGAGAAGACUUUUAUAUAAUCGUCGAGGGAACUGCGGUGGUUCUUCAGCAACGUUCGGAAGGGGACGAACCCGCGGAGGUCGGCCGUUUAGGACCAUCCGAUUAUUUCGGUGAAAUAGCGUUGCUGCUGGACAGGCCACGAGCGGCGACCGUAGUGGCCAGGGGUCCGUUGAAAUGUGUGAAACUGGAUCGGGCACGGUUCGAGCGGGUCUUAGGCCCGUGCGCCGACAUUCUAAAACGCAACAUCACCCAGUAUAACAGCUUCGUGUCCCUUUCCGUGUAAACGGAAUCCUCCGUCGCAUUCUUUGCCUCCUUCCUCCCUCUCCGAUCCCAUCAUCGCAGUCAACGCGCUACUGAUCAUCGAUCAAUCUCUCAUUUCUCUCCGAGGGCUGCGUUAUUUCGCCGUACCGUUAAUAGUUGACACUUUUUUUUAUUUGAUUAAUAUUUAAGUGAAUUAAAAAAAAAUGUGUUAUAUGAUCAGCUAUCAAUCAGAUGUGUAUACAAAGACGGUAUCGUUAUAUAUUUAGAAAAGAGACGCUAUUAAUAUAUUUACACCGUAAGGCUAUUUACGCACUGUGUAGCUCGCGACGACUCGACGCCGACGCGCACGCGAAAUUAUUCAUAUUGACGUCGAUCUCUUCCGCGCGAUCUGUUCCUAAUUGUUACGUGCACGAGGCAAUUUUAUUAAUCUCUUAACGUCCGGAACGUUUUUUACAUUUUUUUUUUUGUGAUGUUGAACACUUGAUCUUUGAAAAAUUUGAUAUACAUUUGAUAUUCAUCCGCGAAAAAACAAUGGAGCCUUAAAUUAUCAAAAUCUUAUCGGAUAUCAAUGGUAUAUAAUUGUUUGAAUUGGGAAAAAGAAACAGACUCGAACUCAUCAGAACACUGGACGUUAAUGAAUUAAUCCACGGUUAAUGUGUUGUGUACGUUUUGAGUGUAUUGUAGAGGUCGUUGAGCAAAAUUGAGAUAAAAUGUAUCAAGAUGUGAUUGAUAAAAGUAUCUUCUCUCAAUACGAGGCUACAAUUUGCAUCAAAGAUGCAAACGCGGUUUACGUUCAUUAUACGAAUAGAAAGAAAAAAAUCAUGUAUCAAAUUACGUUAAAUUAUUCGAAGGCUAUUUACGAUUUCUAUUAUGUCAGAAGCGAACAAUUGUACAAAUUGUCCCACUUUACAUGUAAUCGAUAGAAUGGAUUGGUAAAAAUACAUCGGAGUUCUUUCUUUUUGAAAAAUCUACACUCACGAGUAACGAUAUUCUGCAUUUUUGUAAAGUUUAAUCAAUUUUACAAAUCCACUCUGUCGAAUACAAGUAAUAUCGAAUAUAUUCCUUCGAUAUAUCAUAUGUAUGAGUCUCUCGCGCAUCAAGUUCGCUUCCAAUUGUAAUGUAAUGGUAUAGUGAGGAGCCUUAAAUAUUAUCUAAUGGUUAGAAGAUAAGAAAUUGAAAAAAAAAAUGUUUUCUCGUUUACUGUUUUAUAUACACUUUAAAUGUUCUAUGUUGUCUCUCUUUCUCUUUUCACGUGUAAAUUGUUAAAUUAUUUAACAUUUAAAUUUUUAUUGACCGCCAACGGUUAUAAUUAGCAACGACAGAGUGUGAAUGUCGGUCGCGGCAUGCAAUUGCUUUGACGCAACACGGAGGAACAAGAUUAUUUAUUAUUGGCGAAGCGAAUAAAAAAAACAAGUCGCAAUUUAUGUCUCCUCUAAAAGUGCGCUAGGUUUAUAGUAAUACGACGCGACAAAAAAAUUGAGGAAUAUACAACGUCAGAAAAUUAAAUAAUUUAUUAUGCACAACAUAG